AUGUCCUGGGCUAACACCGGACGAGCCGGUCCGCAGGGCCUUGCUCGCGAGUGGGUCGAUAUUCUGGAGGUGACUGAGCUUUCCGAGGUCACUCAGCUGGAGAAAGGCGUGUACUAUCUGGUGCCAGCCUCUCCCGAUACCUUCCCAGCCAAGGUUGGCAUCAACGAGCUGGCCAGCGGUCUUCCACUGCUGGCCAUGGGAAGGCUGCUGUUUGCAGAUCUGACCCUGCAUGAGCAUGACGGCACAGCUGGGCCGUCCAGUCAGCAUGCUCGCGUCACAUCCGUGUUCCAGGCAAUCAGCUCCCUGUGCUGGUCAGGUGACCAUAUCCCCCAGCUCAAGGCCCAGGUCCUGACUGAUGAUAGCUUCUGCGACAUGCUUAUGGACGCCGUGGACAUGCCCACUGUGUGCUGGCACGCCGUGGCGGAGGCGGUGUGCGCCGCGCCGCGCGGGCCCAUCUUCUUCGCCGCGGCGUUCGACGCCGUGCGCCUGGGCGUGCGCGCUGUGCACGCUGCGGUGCUGGGCGGGGAGGUCCGCGGGCCCGCACUCGAAGCUCUGGCCUUCCACGUCGGUGCCGCGAUGGAGCUGCUGUCCUACCUUGCGGCCACUCCCCUCUUCUACCAGCGCCUGAUGCUGUGCGAUGCGCCCUGCGCCGCGCCUCUGCGCCUGGUGCUGGCCUGCCUGACACUGCACGCCCCGCCCCUGGCCGUGCCGCCCUGGUCCUGGGAGGGGCCGGGCCGCCUCCUGGCGGUCAACGCGCUGCGCUGCGCGGAGCGGCUGGCCGACGACGCCGAGCACCGCGCGCGCCUGGCCCGUGCCGUGCACCCCGCCCUCGCCCAGCUGCUGGCGCAGGACCCGGCCGCCUUUGCCGACGCGUGGUGCGCGGGCGCGGGGGCGGAGGCCUACUUUACCCGCGACGACGUGCUGGUGGACAGCGUCGGCCCGCGCGCGCUGGCGGCUGCCGAGGCCCUGGACGCGGCCGUCGCGCUGCUGCGCGUGCUGGCCUCGCUGCCGGCGCCGGCGCUGAGCCGCGCCGCCGCGAAUGACCUGGAGCUGGGGGCGGACCUGGAGGCCGCCCUGGUGCGGGCCGCGCAGGGGGGCGGCCACCUGCGGCCCUCCUCCGCGCAGUGGGCCGAGCCGGCGCCCAAGCGCGAGCGCCUGGCCUGA